AUGGCCGCGUCUCUCGCCGAGGCCCCUGACCACGCGUGGUCCGGGACCCGCGCAGAGGCCGCUGGGGGCGUGGCUCCCCCUAAGCCCCAGCGGUACUCGGGCGGACCGGGUGGCCCGGGCGGGUCUGCGGGCGGGCCCCCUGGCAUGAUAGGCAUGAAGGGCGGAGUCAGGCCGUCAGCGCCCCCCGCCGGGCCGCCCACGGGACCUCCAGGUGGGCCACGCCCGCAACACUUGGCCCGCUCCUACUCCUCAUACUCUUCCUCGCCAGAACGCAUCGACCUCCUCUACUCCUCACAGGAACGAAUGCACGGCGGCGAUGGAUACCUGUCUUCCCCGGAGCGAUCGCCACGCCCCUACGGAGGUCCCGGGAGCGCCUACCUCACGCCCACGCCCAGUUACGAGGACCCUUACUACGGCGGCCAGUAUGGGUCUCGCUCCGGCUCGGUCACGCCCAUCAUCGACGAGGACGCGCGGUCGGCGUUUUACAGCUUGCGGGUCGAACAGAUGGAGCGGCAGCUGGCUUCGCUCACGGGGCUGGUGAAGAAGGCGCUGCACACGGGCGUCGCCAGCUCCCCCCUCCCCGAGCACAUACCCCUGGCCCCCCCUCCCGCUGUCGUCGCCGCAGCCGCAGCCGCUUCGGGAAACGCGAACAGCAGAGAGCCGGCGACCAACAGCAACAGGAACUCCGCCUCGAAUGAUUUCCUUCAGGUUCCUACCAGCUCCUCUUACAAGACUCCUGACGAUACUUACCUUCGGCCAGACACUAAGCCGCCAAAAUUAGGAAGAGGGGGUAGAGAAAAAUCAGUCUCGUUCGAAAAAUCUGUUUCGUUCAGUGACGAUCUGCCGGAUCUGAACACGCCGCCAAAACAACAUGUUCCAGCAGCCGAGAAACAGCCUAUCAAGCCAGCCAUCAAGUGCUCCACACUCCCCAGGAUGUCUUCCCAAGUCCCGCCUGCGCAUGCCUGGCUCUCUCCUCCAGUGCGCAGGCGUGAAACCAGACGCCCAGUGACGUCACAGCCAGACAUGCGACUUUCCCCGGAAGUUUACAACCAACUGAGGGUGCUACAAAAGAAAGCCAAAGAGCUGCGGACUGAUGUUAGGAAUCUCAGAAGGACUUCCCAAGCUAACGCCAUAACUAUGAAGGAAAUUCUUCGAGAGACAGUCACAAAGAUAACGACACUGCUUCAGUCCACGGAGGAGGGUUUACUGCAGGGCUCAGCGGAUGCAGAGAGAGUGAGGAUACAGCGUGAGGAGGAGUCGUACAGGCAGGACAUGAGCAAGCUGGAUAAGGAUCUCUGUGAUCUUGAACUAAAAGUGGAAGAGCUUCGCAACAAUGUCAUUAACAGGCGAUUACGUGUCAAUAUGUCUGAUGUAGAAAAUAUGGCUCUUAUUCUGUCAAGAUCAAGCAAGACAGUAGCAGAUCUAAAGGCAAAAUUCCCAAUACUUCAAGAUGGUCUCAAAGGACUUAUAUCAGCAGAGAUGGAGAGGGCAAUUAGUGAAGAAAAGUUCCUUAAGGAAGAACCAGACAAGCUAGAAAGUGCACUUCGACGAUGCAAGAAAUUAACUGGUACUCUGGUAACGCUUAAGAGGUUAGCAUCUGUUCAAGAGCAGCGAGUCCCUCCCAACCCAGUAGGACCUAAUGCUGUUCCAAACGGUGAUCCCAGAAGCACGUCGCCCACCCACAAUAAAGAGAAUCAUUCAUCGUCUACUAAGGUAUGUGUCAUCACACCCACACCCAGGCCUUCACCUGCUGUUGCCCACAGUAUUACACCUAAAGGUCACCCACCACUCUCACGGAAAAGGACACCCACCAGCCUAUGACCCCCUCUAGCUGGUUGAUCUAGUUUUCCAUAUCUUUGUUUGUCAAAGCUAACUCGUAAAGUGAUCACUGUUUGGUUAAUGUCAGUUUGAUAUUUUUCUUCAUUUCAAAUCAGAUUUUCAUUUAUAGUUUUUGGUGACCUUUUCAAUUGAUUAAGAAUCAGAUGAAUUGUGGUACUAUCAAUAUAGAAGGGAAUUAUUUUCAAUUUAAUUUUAAGAGUCAAAUGGAAGCUGAUUUUUCUAUAUGAAUGUGUCACCUUUACAAAAGUUUAUUAUGAUUACUGCUAAAUGUAGGUGCUUUCCAUAUAGCAUUUGAUAGAACCCUGUUAUGCUUAAAUGUUUAAACAUACAUUUUUAAAUUCAUUUUUCAAAUUUUGAUAUAAUCAAUAAGGGCACAGUAUUGCUAGAUCAGCUUACUAGAAAUAGCGCAUUGCUAAUCACAUUUGCUUUGCAUAAAUGUUUCUAUUGGGAUUAUAGAUGGUAUAAUUCAUAUUUUAGUCUCCUGAUGUUAAAUUUACUUCAUUCCAUAACAUAUUAAGAAACCUGUACCUCCAGAAGCAAAUUCUGGCAAACCUGAAAUUGAAAAGAAAAUUCUUGAUAUGGAAGAUUCAGAUUCAUAGGAAACUGAUUUGGCUUAUUUACUAUAUCUGAUUUGUAAAGCAAAUUAGAUAUUAGAUCUAGUUUUGGUCUGAAUCUGUAGGAUGAGUUGUAAUUCAAUUUUCAUAAAACAUAUAAUGUACCAAAUUUACU